AUGGUGUCCCUUGUAUUUCUUCCCCUAAGGAGAAUCCACCACCAACAGAUAGCACCCAUAACGCUUCUCAAUGGUUUUUUCUCCAUUCAAUUCUGUCACUCUUGCUCCACUCUCACACCCUUGUGCCACGCCCCCGCCAUUCCAUCUUCAGUUGUUGAAAAGGUCUGUUCUUUGGUCUGUGAAUCAUACUACAAUCGACAGCAGAAAACCAUAUAUUUCAAUCCGACACUUAUUUUAAAUUUGCCUAUAAAUUCAGAGUUCUUGACACCAGAACAGGCUAUAACUGUGGUUGCCUCAUUGGCUGAUGAGGCUGGUUCUAUGGUUGCCUUGAGUUUCUUUUAUUGGGCAAUUGAGUUCCCGAAAUUCAGACACUUUAUGAGGUUCUACAUAGUUGCGGCCAUGUGCUUGAUUAAAAAUGGGAACUUCGAGAGUACCCAUGAAGUAUUGCGUUGUAUGUUGAGAAAUUUUGGGGAGAUUGGGAUGUUGAAGGAGGCUGUCAACAUGGUUCUUGAAAUGCAGAGUCAAGGAAUGGUUUUGAGUGCUUACACUUUGAACUGUGUGCUGAGCACUGUGAAUGAGAUGGGAUGUCUUGAGAUGGCUGAGAAUGUGUUUCAUGAAAUGUGUGACAGGGGUGCGUGUCCUGAUGCUUUAAGUUUUAAGUCCAUGGUUGUGGCUUACUGUAGAUUGGGCAGAGUUUCUGAUGCUGAUAGGUGGUUGAUGGAGAUGUUGACUCGAGGCUUUCUUGUGGACAACGCAACAUGUAGUUUGAUUAUCGAUGUGUUCUGCAAAAAUGGUUGUGAGAACAGAGCAUUAUGGAUCUUUAAUAAGAUGGUUGAUAUUGGCUUGACUCCAAAUGUGAUUAAUUAUACUUGUUUGAUUGACGGGGUGUGCAAGAGGGGAAGUAUCAAGCAAGCAUUUGAAUUUUUGGAGGAGAUGGUUAGGAAAGGUUUGAAGCCUAAUGUAUAUACUCAUACGGCUUUGAUAGAUGGUCUUUGUAAGAAGGGAUGGAAUGAUAAGGCCUUCAGGCUUUUCUUGAAACUUGUUAGGAGUGACAGUUACAAACCCAAUGUGCAAACUUAUACGGCAAUGAUCACUGGAUACUGCAAAGAAAAAAAGUUGAAUCGGGCAGAGAUGUUGUUGAGCAAAAUGCAAGAACAAGGAUUGGUUCCUAAUAAGAACACCUAUGCUAUCCUCAUUGAUGGGUACUGUAAGGUGGGUAAUUUUGAAAGGGCAUACAGUAUGAUGGACACAAUGAGUACAAAUGGUUUAACACCAAAUAUUUGUACGUAUAAUGCAAUUGUUGAUGGUCUCUUUAAGAGAGGAAGGGCCAAUGAGGCUUAUAAGUUGCUGAAAAGAGGCUGUAGAAAUGGACUCUGUGCUGAUAAAAUUACAUAUACCAUUCUAAUAUCUGAGAGCUGCAAGCAGGAGGAUACUAUGCGAGCUUUAGCACUUCUUAAUAAGAUGGUAAAAUCUGGGAUCACUCCUGACAUGCAUACUUAUACGACUUUGAUUGCAGCACUUUCCAAGCAAAAAAGAAUGAGGGAGAGUGAGAAAAUUUUUGAGGAUGCUUCAAAUAUUGGCCUGGUUCCGACCACUCAAACUUACACAGCCAUGAUAUGUGGGUAUUGUCGAGAUAAAAACACAAGCAUGGCCAUGAAAGUUUUCCGGACCAUGGUUGAAUGUGGUUGUGCACCUGAUAGUUUUACUUACGGUGCUUUGAUAAGUGGACUCUGCAGGGAAUUCAAGUUGGAUGAGGCCAGAAAACUUUACGAAGAAAUGAUGGACAAAGGACUUGCCCCUUGUGAAGUUACUCGUCUGACAGUAGCUUAUGAGUAUUGCAAGAAGGAUGAAUAUUCUACAGCCAUCAUCCUAUUAGAAAGAUUAGAGAAAAAGCUAUGGAUUCGCACAGUUUAUACCUUAAUUAGAAAGCUUUCUUCUGAAAAGAAAGUAGGUAUGGCUGCUCUGUUUUUCGAUAAAUUGUUAGAUAAGGAUAAGAAUGUGGAUCGGGUAACUCUUGCAGCAUUCAUGACUGCGUGUUAUGAGAGUAAUAACUAUGCUCUUAUUUCUGAUAUCUCUGAAAGGACAAUGAUGAAAACAGGGGGACUUGAUUGA